GCCACCCAAGAGACAACUCUCUCUUUGAUGAAGUUCACAGGAGCUCAUCUUCUUCCUCCUCCUCCUUCUCUACUGAUUUCUCAUCAACUCCAUCCAUGAAACCAUUCAAUUCCCUCCCUCUUUCCCUCUCCCAAGGGAAAUCCAACACACCACUCAUCCACCCUAACUAAGUUCUCUCUCUCUCUCUCUCUCUCUCUCUCUCUCUCUCUCAGUGCUAAAUGACUCAACCCGGUACCACUCCGCCCAAGCCACCUCCGAUGGAGGGUAAGGACGAGGCCACCCCGAGCUCCGGCUCGCGCAAGGCCGCGUCGUCCUCGUCGUCGGGGAAGCCGCCGGAGCAAGCCCUGAAGUGCCCGAGGUGCGACUCGUCCAACACCAAGUUCUGCUACUACAACAACUACAGCCUCACCCAGCCCCGCCACUUCUGCAAGACCUGCCGCCGCUACUGGACCAAGGGCGGCGCCCUCCGCAACGUCCCGAUCGGCGGCGGAUGCCGCAAGAACAAGAAGCUCAAGCCCUCCUCCGCCUCGUGCAGGCUCUUCCCCGGCGGGGCGGCCGACCCUAAGGAGUACUACUCCGUGGCGGCGCCGGCCCAACCCCACCCAGAGCUCGGCGGCUUCAAGCUCUUCCACGGGUUGUCCCCGGCCAUGGAUUUCCAGCUCGGUGGGCUUCCUAAUUUCUCUAAGGCGGUUCAGAAUCACAACCCACCAGCCCCUGGAAUUUAUAGCCAGUUCUCCUCGUUUUCGGAUGCAUCGGCCAUCGACACGGCGGCGGCCGCCGCCGCCGCUACUUCCAGUGCUAGCACUUGUUUCUCUCUAGACCCGAUGGCGGGUUCCAGCGGCUCUCUUCUCGGGUUCAACAAUUAUCACGCGCUCCCUCCCUUCAUCACGGCUGCUCCGGGGUUUGGUACCUCCGGUGUGCUUCAGGAGCCAGGCAGUUCGAUGAAGGUCGACAGCAAUCUCGCGACCUCCAUCGAGUCGCUGAGCUCGAUCAACCAGGAUCUGCACUGGAAGCUGCAGCAGCAGAGGCUGGCUAUGCUGUUCGGUGGAGACGAUAACAACCACCGCAAUGCCAAGGCUGACAACGGAGGCGGUGACGCCGUCUCAUCGAUCAACCUCUCUGCCGCCGCAACUUUGGAGGAUCAGCCGCAGAACUUGCGACAGCCUGUCUUGUUCCAGAACCUGGACGCUGCCGGUAGCUCGAGGAAGGAAGGCUCGUCGGUGACGGAGUGGUUCUUUGGGAACGCGUACGCAUCGGUUACAACACCGAGCCCGACCAACAGCAGCAGUAACGGCAACGACAACAACAACAACAACAAUACCGGCAACUGGAACAGCAAAGGAUCAGGUCAAGGGUUUCAAUACACUGCUUUGCCCUAGCUGAGGAUGUUAGAGAGACACAGAAUUUUUAUAUUAAAAAAAAAAAGAGGGUAAGUUCCAUAAUUUAGAAGCUGAAAAAUAUAGCUUCAGAAACAAAGAAAUUAAUCAGAAAUGUUGGGUUUUCCAUGUCUGUUCUUGUGUUUAACUUGUCGGGUUCAAACGAAUUCCACAUGUAACAGUAGCCCAAAAAAAAAAAAAAACUAGAAAUGGCAUGCUUUUUGAUUAUUUCCUUUUGUAUUAACUGUGUGUAUUUGUUAAGAUGCUAAUCAUUAGGUUUUAGUAUUCUCUAAUUUGUAACCGAUGCUGUGUAGAGGUUCACGGUCAUAUUCUAUAGUUUUUUUCCCCCCUUUGUUCAUGCUUUGUGUUGCUUGCUUCUG